UUGAUUUAAUUUGCAGACAAAGAAGCAGAGCGCGAGACACUCGAGAGAAGUUGUGGCGUAUACCGUGACUGAGUGGUGUGCAGUAAAGACGAGAGAGAGAGAGAGAGAGGAUAUACAACACAACACAGAAGACAGAACCCUCCAGAGUCCAGAUCACACUCCCACCUCUCCACUCCUGAGCUGCAAGGCAAGCCCAAGAUGUUUAUUUAAUAUUUGUUCAUUACCUCCACGCCUCGAAAUCAUAAACCCAGAUUUCAAAUGCGAAGUCUCCUCAUUCCUUCCUCUCUUUUCCUCACUCUCUCCGCUCCGCUGGCUCACCUAUUUCUAGCGUCUCUCUUUUCCACUUCUUACCUUCCAAAAUCCUCCAUGACCUACCUUUUGUGUUGAAGUUGAACUUUAAUCUCUCCAACUUUUUCAUGGAACUCAAGUUCGAAGUCAUUUGAGGCUUCGUCAAAUUGGUUCUCUAAACCUUUUUCCCUUUCCCCACUAGUUUUGUUGCAGAGCUUAAUCAUGGCUCACAAGCAUUUGCGCGAGCUAUUGAGAGAAGAUCAAGAGCCUUUCGUUCUGCAGAACUACAUUGACGAGAGACGUUGCCAGCUGAAGAAAUGGACCCCCAAAACCCACUUGCAGGUUAAGAGACGGAGACCCAUGUCGGAAAACUCGAGUAUUCCUGCAAGUUUCUGUAAAAGCGCUUGCUUUUUUUCCUUCCACGACUCUCCAGACGUACUAAGGUCCCCUCUGUUCGAUUUCGCUUCUCCGGCCAGGAGCCCGUGUAGAAACCCAAAUACCGUCUUCAUUCACAUCUCUUCAAGGACAGCUGCUGUGCUUCUUGAAGCUGCUCUUCGGAUUCAGAAGCAGUCCUCUUCUUCAAAAUCCAAGAGUCCGAAUAAAAGCUUGGGCUUUGGCUUCCUCGGAUCGAUUUUGAAGAGAAUAUCCCUUAGAAAACGGAACCGAAAGAGAGAGAUCAAGGGUGAGGAGGUUAGAGUUUCUGUUAAGGAUAUUUUGAGGUGGGAUUCGUGUGAUGGACGUAAACUGUGCAUGGAGGAUAAUAGGUUGGAAACCCCGGCACCAAUGGAGGUUUCAGAAGAAAAGGAGGUCAUCACGGAGAUGGGUUUCUCCUGCUCCUGUAACAGCAGACUCAGCAGUGCUUGGUCUGAGAGCAACGAAGAGAAGUCUGAAGAUUUGGAGACCUCCACUAGUAGCCGGUCCGAGGAUUCCGAAGAGAUGGAGUUCAUCGUCGACGAGAGAAAGAAUGGAGAAUGCAAUUCGUGUGACAAGCCAUUCUGCUCUAACUCCUUCCGCUUCGUGCUUCCCAAGAGCCCAUCUUCCGGUCGCCGGACGCCGGAAUUUGAGUCUCCGGCUACUUCUCCUAGUCGCCACAGAAAAGAGGUGUUAGGAAACGACGAGAGAAGCUGCUUAAAAAAUGGUGAAGGAAAGGACUAUGAAGAGGAGAAGGAACAGUGCAGCCCCGUGUCUGUGUUGGACCCUCCUUUCCACGAUGACGACGACGACGACGAUGACGGAAACGAGGAUGAAGAGGCUCAGGAGGGUUUUGAACUAGAACGCAGCUUUGCCUUUGUACAGAGAGCAAAGCAACAGCUAUUGCACAAGCUUCGUAGAUUUGAGAGACUAGCUGAGUUAGAUCCCCUUGAGCUUGAGAAAAGUCUGAGGGAAGAAGCAGAUGAAGAUGAUGAAAAGUUGGUAGACGAAGAAUGUGAUUAUGAUGAAGAUGGGUCAGUGUUAUCAGAUAAUGAAAAGAAGGAUAAUGGGUUUGUGAAAGAAAUUCUAAGCUGGUUGGAGGGUUCCCACGUAAGGAGAAUUCCAGAGGACAUGAAGAGACUAGUUGCAGACCUAAUUACAGAGGAAGACGAAGAAGCUACAGCCUGCCAUGACAGAGAAUUCGUUGCAAAGAGAGUCUGCAAACGCUUGGAAUCAUGGAAGGAAGUGAACUUCAACACCAUCGACAUGAUGGUGGAGAUGGACUUGAAAAGAGAUGGAGAUGAGUGGAGGAGACAGCAAGAGCAGGUGCGAGAUACAGCAAUGGAUAUUGAGCUUGCUAUCUUUGGGUUCUUGGUGCAGGAACUCUCAGACGAACUUGUUUAUUCAUAGGCAUGUCUGAACUCUGAAGUUCUGUCUCUGUUCAUCCAAACUAAUUUUGCUUAUUUUUUCAUUUUAUUGGAGGAUAGAUAUAGGAAUAGGAUAGUCUAACGAGCGCUGCAAAGGUGUAGGUUAAACCAGACUUGAAAGGCAAUGCAGGAAGGUUUUGGGUUUAUGAUGAUGUCCUUCUGGGUAUCCUGGUUCAUGGAUAAAAGGGACGACGACGACGACGAUGAUGAUGUAUAUGUUUCAACUCCCAUGUAUUUAUCGAGAAAAAAAUUAUGUAGGCUAGCCUUAUGAGAAAUUUUCUACAAGAAAACCAGAGCUUCAUGCC